AUGGAGAACCUAGAUGACAAAGAGCUGGAGAGCGAUGAGGAAGAAUAUCAGUAUCCCGCGCUGGAGACGGAGGACGAGGGCCAGGAGACAGGGCAGGAGACGGAGAUGGUGGGGGAAGGGGAAGAGGAGGGCGAGCUGUUGGACUGGAACGGCUUCAUCACGGGGGAGAUGGACGAGGUGGAGGGGGACCUGUGGCCCGACUGGAAGCCCACGGGCCCGGUGACACCGGAGCAGGUCCUGAGACUAGCGGGAUACACGCGGGCUUACUUGUGCUCUCCUGAGGAUAAUGUUUACAACAUCAGCUUCUCGCACUUCAAAAUAAGGGACGUGGACAGUGGCGCCAUCAUUCUGGAUAUCAAAAAACACUGUCCAACAGAGAUCACUGGCGAGCAGCAGCAGCAGCAGCAGCAGGAGCCAGGGAGAUUUAUUCGAUAUCACUUUUCACCUGCUUUCCUUGCCAUCAGGGAGAUCGGAGCCACGUUGGAGUUUAUAGUGGGAACCAAAGCAGUGCACAAAUUCCGGCUCAUUGAGAGGCAUUACUUCCGAAACCUGCUCCUUAAAAGCUUCGACUUUGAGAUUGGUUUCUGCAUCCCAGACAGCAGAAACACCUGCGAGCACAUCUACACUGUGCCUCAGCUGGACCCAGAGAUAGUUGAAGAGAUGAUAGCGUGCCCGUAUGAGACACGGUCGGACAGCUUCUACUUUGCGAAUAACAAACUGAUCAUGCACCACAAAGCCGAAUACUCCUUCUGCCCGAAACGAGACGUGUUCGUAAGAGAGUCCUCCUGAUGACGCUCCGUGGGGUUCAAGAGAGAGGGCACUCAGGGAGAUGCUGAGAGAGAAUUGAGAAUUCUGAACAAAUUCCUUUAUGUUGUAGAUUCUCCAACAUCCCUAAGCAUUUGAGCUUUCCUUUUUUAUUUGUGAAAUGAGCAUUGGUGUUGCUUGUGUAGACAUUUCAUUCAUGGAGUAUCUCAAUAAGACCACCUGUAUGACUAAAGGAAUGAUAAUAAAGUUUGAUUUAUGAAGUGUU